GUGACGGUUUAUACUAAUUACCCUAUCACCCACUAGAAGAAAAAGAGCGAGAAAAAUCAAAGAAACCAGAGAGAAGCAACCCAAUUGGAAGAAGCGAAAGACAAUUCCUCUGUUUCUUCCCCUUUUUUUCCUUGCCUGCUUUUCUAUUUGGGCAAUCGUCAAUCAACACUUUCUUCUCUCGGCCAGGUGCCAACAGAACCCGGCGGUGAGAUCUUAUGCAAUCGUUCUGAACAUCACCUCGAAAGUGCUGCUCCCCCAAAGUUGCAACCUUUUAUGUUUUCUUGAGCUGGAAAUCUUAGGCUGCUCUUUCAAGAUCCGGCCUUUUCCUUUCGGUUCCCUGAGCUUCUUGGAGUUGGCCACUGUGAAGAGGAAAUCUGGGGGUUUCUUUUUGUUUGGAUGGGACUUUGCUGGAGUAAUCAAAUCAAAGCAUAUAGUCCUUCAAAUACAGGGCUGAAUUCGAAGGGUGGUAGUAGCAGAGAUGGCAGAAGUUUGAGCAAUUCGAGUAGCAAGGAUUCAUUACCUCACACUCCUAGGAGUGAAGGUGAGAUUCUGCAGACCUCCAACUUAAAAGUCUUCAGCUUUAGUGACCUGAAGUCAUGUACCAGAAACUUCAGACCGGAUAGUGUGCUUGGAGAAGGUGGGUUCGGAUCAGUCUUCAAAGGAUGGGUCGACGAGAAUUCACUAUCUGCUACCAAACCCGGGAGCGGCAUUAUAAUUGCUGUGAAGAGACUGAAUCAGGAUGGGUUCCAGGGCCACAAAGAAUGGCUGGCGGAAAUAAAUUAUCUUGGGCAGUUACAUCAUCCAAACCUGGUCAAACUGCUCGGCUACUGCUUGGAGGAUGACCAUCGUCUUUUGGUUUACGAGUUCUUGUCCCGGGGCAGUUUGGAGAAUCAUUUAUUCAGGAGAGGUUCUCAUGUUCAUCCCCUUUCUUGGGGCAUUAGAAUGAAGGUGGCUCUGGGGGCUGCGAGAGGGCUGGCCUUUCUUCACAGCAGUGAAGUACAAGUUAUAUAUCGGGAUUUCAAGGCAUCUAACAUUCUUCUCGACACGAACUACAACUCCAAGCUUUCUGAUUUCGGGUUAGCAAGGGAUGGUCCAACCGGUGAUAAAAGCCAUGUCUCUACCAGGGUUAUGGGAACUUAUGGAUAUGCAGCACCAGAAUAUCUAGCAACAGGUCAUCUGACAGCAAAGAGCGACAUCUACAGUUUUGGAGUUGUACUUCUGGAGAUGCUGUCUGGCCGGAGAGCCAUAGACAAAAACCGGCCUUCUGGGCAACACAAUCUGGUUGAAUGGGCCAGACCUUACUUGAUAAACAAACGACGGGUCCUCCGAAUAAUGGAUGCACGUCUAGAGGGCCAGUAUGCUCUCCCUGGAGCUCAAAAAGUGGCCAACCUUGCCCUUCAGUGCUUAGCCAUGGAACCAAGGUUCAGGCCAAACAUGGAUGAGGUGGUCACGGUCCUUGAACAGGUGCAAGAGUCCAAGAAGAAAGGUGGCCUAGAGCACCAGCAGCAGCAGCAGGAAUCUGAUGAUAAAGAGAACCGUGAAGUACGACCCGCUUAUCCUAGACCUUCUGCCUCCCCACUUUUUGCUUGAGUCCAGUUUUAUUGUUCAUUCAAGUUGGUUUUGAUGGGAGUUUUAGGGAAAUGGGUAUCGUUGAAGAAUGUACAGGGUGUUCUUUUAUAGUUAUUGUUGUUGUCGUUCGUUGUGCAUUUCUGGGUGGAGAGGAUUUUAGAGAUAUCCAUACUGGACAGAGGAUAGAAACAAGGCUUCUGUACCAAGAGUCCGUCCAGAUGAACUUGACAAUAGGUUUGUAUGUGAAGAGGGCUUCAGAGGAAGAUAGAUAACAAGAGAACGAUUCUUAAUAUUCUCUAUUUGCCACUUCAGGAGACGAGGAAAGAAAUAGAGAGUUGCUCGGAAUACAAUGCAAAGUAUAAGAAAACACAGAUCCCAAUUGCAUAAG